AUGCGCCAUGCCCCGAGAAUGCUGUUCCGCAAUCUCCCGCACCGGCUCCUUGUCGUCGUCGGCAGGCUCCCGCUCCAGCACCGCCGGGCCUUGUCAACGGCACACGGCGCGACGGAUCCGCUGAGGAUCCUGUUCUGCGGGUCCGAUGCCUUUAGCUGCGAGUCGCUGCGCGCGCUGCACGGCGAGCAUGUGCGUGGCGGGGGGGGCCUUGUCGAGGCGCUGGAUGUCAUGGUGUUGCCACCCAAGAGGACGGGGAGGGGGUUGAAGCAGCUCCGGCAAGUGCCGUGCAAGGCCGUGGCCGAGGAGCUGGGGCUGAGAGUUCACCAGCGAGAGACGUUCCGGGAUUGGGAGCUUCCCGCGGGCACAAACCUCGUCGUCGUCGUGUCGUUUGGCCUGUUCGUGCCGCCGCGGAUCCUGCGCUCGGCCAAGUACGGAGGGUUGAACGUCCACCCGUCGCUUCUGCCGGACUUACGCGGCCCGGCACCAAUCCACCAUGCCAUGCUACGGGGACAAGAGCACAUCGGCAUCUCUCUACAAACGCUUGACGACAAGGAAUUCGACCACGGCACAGUCCUGGCCCAAACGCCGCCGCCGGGAGUCCCCGUCCGGCCUGGCAGCUCCAUCCACGAGGUGACCCGCGACGUGGCGGCAGCCGCGGCGGAGAUGCUGGUCCAGGGCCUGCGCGACCGCCUGUACAUGCUGCCGCACCGAGACGUCGGAUGGCUGCCGCCGUGGCAGCAGGGAAGCGGACCACUGUCACACGCGCCCAAGGUGACCAAGGCCGACGCGCAGAUCGACUGGGUGUGGUGGACGAGCGCCGACUUCUUCGAGCGCCGGCUGCGCGUCUUCGCUUCGGUCUGGACGCAGGCCGUCGACGAAGCGGGCGCGCGGAGGCGCAUCAUCUGGCAGGACAUUGCGCCCGUUGCGCAGACGGGCGAGGUUGUGUCGCGCGGGAGAAGAGGCGUCGAAGGCACCAUUACGUUUGUGCAGCAGCCUGAGCCGCGGCACGGCGAUGGCAGGGAGAAGCAGUUCGUGAAGACGGUGGUGAUGGAUGACGAGACUGGGGCUUGCGAGGUGUGCGUGGAUAAGGAGGAGGGGACGUGGGUGCGGGUGAGGAGGGUCAAGGUGGAGGGCAAGGAGGAGCAGGCUGCGGCGAGGGCCUUGAGGCCUUUCUUUCGGAGCAAGACGUGA